CGGCGGGCGCGGAGCCCAGAGCGGGCGCGGCGGAGCAUCUUCGGGUACCGCGGCCCCGGUGUGGGCCGCCUCCCCCGCAGGCCCCGGCCUCCUAUGGGCGGUGCCGGCGCCCCGGCCCCUGCACGCCCGUCUCGCUCGGCGUUAGCAUGGGCACGGUGCUCUCCCUCUCCCCCGCCGCCUCCUCAGGCAAGGGCGGCGGCGGCGGCGGGGGGCUGCUGGCCGACAAGGCGCCGGGAAGGGUGCCGGGCAAGGGCGAGAGCCGGCUGAAGCGCCCCGGCGUGCUCAUCUCGGCGCUCACCUGGAAGAGGCUGGUGGCCGCCUCGGCCAAGAAGAAGAAGAGCACCAAGAAGGUGACACCGAAGCCCGGCGGCGGGGCCCCGGGGGGGCCCCCGGGCCAGCCUGACCCGCUGGUGGUGCAGCGAAACCGCGAGAACUUGCGCAAGUCGGUGGUGGGGCCGGCCGACGGCGCCAAGCAGGGCCCGCUAGCCGUGCCGGUACCCACCGUGCCCUCGGCGCCGCAGGAGUUGCACCCGGGCUCCGGCGGGGGAAAGCCGCCGCCGCCACCGCCGCCGGUCGGCGGCCGCCCCCCAGGGUCCCCGCGCCGCGUGGUGGUGCAGGCAUCCACCGGCGAGCUGCUGCGCUGCUUGGGGGACUUCGUGUGCCGCCGCUGCUACCGCCUGAAGGAGCUGAGCCCCGGCGAGCUCAUCUCCUGGUUCCGCAGCGUGGACCGCUCGCUGCUGCUGCAGGGCUGGCAGGACCAGGGCUUCAUCACCCCGGCCAACCUGGUGUUCGUCUACCUGCUGUGCCGGGAAGCGCUGCGGGGCGAAGACAUCGGGAGCCAGGCCGAGCUGCAGGCCGCCUUCCUCACCUGCCUCUAUCUUGCCUACUCCUACAUGGGCAACGAGAUCUCCUACCCGCUCAAGCCCUUCCUGGUGGAGGGCGACAAGGGGCGCUUCUGGGAGCGCUGCCUGGGUAUCAUCCAGCGCCUCAGCGCCAAGAUGCUGCGAAUCAACGCGGACCCGCACUACUUCACGCAACUCUUCCAGGACCUCAAGAGCGAGGGCGAGGGCGGAGACGGGUCCAAGCACUGGACGAUCAGCCUGGACCGUUAGGGAGGUACCAGGCCCCCGGGGCCGGAAGGGGCCGCGCACCGAGGGGCGGGGGAGGAGAAGGACUGUCGGAUUCCCCAUCCUCCCCCCGCAUCCUCCUCGCCUUCCCCCCUCCCCGGCCGCCAGCUCCACAGAGACGCUACUUGGACCCUCCCUGCUCCGGAUCCUGCCGCCCCCCUCCCGCGCUUCCGACCCCAGAUGGGGGCUGCGCUCUGGAACACCGAGGCGGCGGCGAAGACCGAGGAGGGGGAGUGGUGUCUCUCCCGCCUGCGCGAUGGAGGGGGGAAGGCUGCGGAGGAGCGGAGGCUCCUUGGAUGCGUUUUCUCUAGAAAAAAAAAGGGGUGAAAAAAUGGAUGUGAGGGUCUGGGGCAGGAGUGGUCGAGAGGCCUUGGGGGUGCGGCGGGUGCCUCUGGCAGAGGGUGCAUGUGAACGAGCUCCCCGGCGCGGACAGAGCCGCCCUGCCGUGCUCCCGGUGCUGUCCGUGGUGCUGGAGCUGCCGCGCCUGAGCAGACAAAGGCGGGAGGGCAGGGUUACGGGCAAGGCUGGGGGGUGGGUUCUGUGUGAUGAGCGAUGCCUUCCCCCCCCCCCCCCCCCCCCCCCGCCCACGUGGGGGGAUAUGGGCCCCCCUGAGCAUGGGCGACGGUGCCCCUCACCCCGCGGGAGCCGCCCGCAUGCCUCUUUGUUCGAGCCGCUGGGGGUGGCGCCCACGCCCCUCCGCGCGGGUAAUUCCUCCCCCCGCCCCCCGGUGCGCCUCCCCAAACAAGGGGUUAUGCCUCCCCCAACCUUGGCUUGCUGCGAGUAAAGGGGUCUGUGCCAGAGGAGGCCUAGGGAGCCCAGGCGGAGGGGGUCUGUUAUGGGAGGGGGGGGGGUCCCCUCUCCUCUUGCUUUGCUUCACUGGAGAAUAAAGAGGUGGCCUGGAUGGGCCUGGUGAUGGCU